AUGUCUUCCACUCCCACUCAAAACAGUUACAGCGAGUACCACAUUGCUUCUGUGGAAUAUAAACAAUACCUUCAUGACGACCAGGCUGGUGGCAUGCUCCCUCCCUACCCAAUUGUCAUCUUUUAUGAAGAUAUGCUGCCUCCCAAAUUUACCAUCACAAAGGGCGACGAGGUCAACACCCACACCAUCAAGUACUACAGACAUCGAGAGGAAGGAUGGGAGCCGUUUGGCAUGGACUGCUCCAAACCUCAUCCCCUGCAGAUUCUCCUUCAGCCUCUCAGCAUUGUUGGUCCACCAUCAUACCCUAUACCUGCUAAGAUCAACCCUGCACAGUUGUUCAAAUUUGACCUAGCACAAGAGUGA